AUGUUACCAAGACCUAUUUGUCCAGAUUCUGAUAUGCCAGCUGAUUUAGAGGACUGCAUAUAUCGAUGCUUCGAAGCUCAUCGGCGUCAAGUACAUGAGCGACGAGCUAAUCGAUUAGCACGAAAAGCAAAAAAACAAUCGGAACAUCAACAAAUAUUACAUACAGAACAAAAUCAAAAUGUAACAGAACAAUCAUCAGGAGCAACAGCACUUUAUCCAGAUACAUAUCAACAAUCGCAAACAGAUCAUUCAAACACAUAUCUAGAUUCAUCACCAUACCAAAAUUUUCAAACAACAGAUUCCUCAUACGAUUAUUCAAAAUUACUUCAAGAAUCACAAAAUUAUGACAAUUUAUUACCACCAUCAUCGGAAUCAUUUCCAAAUUAUCCUAAUACAAUUCCAGAAUCAACACAAUUUUCGGAUUUACUUCCAGAAUCAACAGCAUCAACAACAAACUAUUCCAAUCUAUAUCAAGAAUCAUCACAAUAUCAAAAUUUACUUCCAGAAUCAUCAGAUUCAAAACAGUAUCAACAACUGCUUGACUCCAACAAUAUAACAGCACCGAUAGAAACCUCACAUCAAAGUACAUAUGAGGAUUCAAAGAUUGAUCAUUCAGUUACUGUACCAAUUGAUCCUCCUUAUAUUAAAAACAUUACUAGUACACCAGAACCCUAUCAUCACUUAAAAGAUACUCAAGGUACUUUGGAACAGACUACUUCAACUUCUACAGAUAUUGGUGAACAAACACAAAUAUCUACGGAUAUAAAAGAAUCUCAAGGUGAUUAUACUCAAUCAUUUGAAACAACUGCAUAUAGUAAUGAAACUACUGCAUAUCAAGCACCAGAAACGCAAGUAUAUGAUGCAUACACUGGUAAUAAGCGAUUAGAUGGUACUUCUAUACCAACUGGUACAGUUGAAUAUACAAAAGUAGAAAACUUUUCUGAGGAAAAUAUUUCAAGUCCAGUGGAUACUAGUUCGUAUUUACAACAAAUACAAACUUCGGACAAUCAGGAUUCUACACAAAAAUACGAUCUGAACAAUUAUACUAAUGAACAGACGGCUCCUCAACAACCGACAUUACCAUCAUAUGAGCAAAAUCAAGAGCAGGGUAUUCAACAAAGUGGUUUUAAUUUACCAUCGAAACCACCUAGUGAUAAUGGAAGUGACGAGGAUGCUAAGGAAGAUGAAGAAAUAUUCGAUUUACGUGCAUGUAUUUGUCGUUGUUAUACAAAAUUUAGAGAAGCAUGGACUAAGGAUGAACAAGAAAGAUACAAACAACAAUUUCGUGGUAUUAAACAACCAGUCACACAGAUAAAUGACCAACAAUAUCAACAAAUACAACAACAAACAUCAGGACCAUGCCCUCCAUGUCCACCUUGUCCACCAUGCCCUGGUCAAUCAAUUAUUCCUGAAAUUCAUCAAACACCAACAUCUCAAUAUCAGCCAUCAUUCAUUCCUGAAAUUCAUCAAACACCAACAUCUCAAUAUCAACCAUCAUUCAUUCCUGAUAUUCAUACACCAGCCAUACCUGAUUUUCAACCACCAUAUAAACAUCCUUGUCCACCAUGUCCGCCUUGUCCACCAUGUCCACCAUGUCCUGGACAACCAUCAUAUAGGCCUCCUUGUCCACCAUGUCCGCCAUGUCCACCAUGCCCUGGACAACCAUCAUAUAGACCUCCUUGUCCACCUUGUCCAUCAUUCCCGCCAGUUCCACCGUAUAUUCCUGAAAUUCCACGUAUAACAACGCCUCAUUAUCAACCACCACCAACACCUCAAUAUCAACCACCGUUUAUUCCUGAUAUUCCACGUAUACCAACGCCUCAUUAUCAACCACCACCAACACCUCAGUAUCAACCACCCUUUAUUCCUGAAUUUCAACCAACAUAUAGACAACCUUGUCCUCCAUGUCCACCAUGCCCGCCAUGUCCACCAUGCCCUGAACAACCAUUCAUUCCUGAUAUUCAACCACCAUUUACUUCUCAAUAUGAACCACCACCUACGCCUCAAUAUCAACCACCACCUAGUCCUCUGUAUCGACGAACACCAACGCCUCAAAAUCGACCACCAAGUAUUCCUCGGUAUCAAUCACCAUAUAAACCUCCUUGUCCACCAUGUCCUCCAUGUCCACCUUGUCCUCCUUGUCCACCGUUUAUUCCUGAUAUUCAACCACCACCUACUCCUCAAUAUCAACCACCGCCAACACCUCAAUAUCCACGAACACCAACGCCUCAUUAUCAACCACCACCAACGCCUCAAUAUCAACCACCGUUUAUUCCUGAUAUUCCACGUAUACCAACGCCUCAAUAUCGACCACCAUUUAGGCAGCCGUGUCCUCCAUGCCCACCUUGUCCUCCAUGUCCUCCUUGUCCACCGUUUAUUCCUGAUUUUCAACCACCACCAACACCUCAAUAUCCACGAACACCAACGCCUCAUUUCCAACCACCAUUUCCAACACCAUUUCCUUCUGUUACUCCAUUAUCAAUGUCUCAUUAUGAACCAGAAAUACCAGUAUCAACUCCUCCUUGUAAUCAACAAUAUAUUCAACAAUCGAAUACAUUUCUAGCUAUUAAUUGUUGUCCUCAAGAUCAACCACAACCACAUUAUCCAACAGGUGAAAUACACUUCAAUGAUGUAGGAACACAAACACGAUCUAUUCAUUCACCAAUGCAACCAUAUAUUCCACCACCUACACCAAUACAACCUAUUGAUUAUCCUUCACCAUUAACACCAUCAACUUUUACUCCGGCACCUACACCAUUACCUAUACCAUCAUUUGAUUGGCCUAAACUUCCACCACAAACAACUUAUAGACCAGUUGUACGUCCUGGACCACGUUGUCCAACACCGAUAUUUAGACCUCCUCCUUUUCAUCCAUGUCCGCCAUGUCCACCGUGUCCGCCGUGUCCAGAAAUACCACGUUUGAGACCUGGCCUCUGUGUUGGACCUUGUCCUGAAAUAAUUCCGGAAGAAUUUCCACCACUAACUCCCGAGCCAUACAUUCCUCCACCUGAACCGUACAUACCUCCACCGCAACCAUACAUUCCACCACCACAACCAUACAUACAUCCACCAAUAAUACCACCACCACCUUGCCAAAAACAAGACCGAUGGUGUGUUAAAUGUUGCUGUGUACCUGGAAAAUCUUUGAUUAAAAAAAUUGUUUAUAGACAAGUAGAAGAUGAACAACAACAACAACAACAUCAAGCACAAGAAUCAUAUCUUGACUAUGGUGCUGUUAUGGAUCAAUUGGAAACAAAAAUUACUGUCCGAUAUGGAAAUAGUAUUAUGGAAGAAGGAGAAGCAUUUGUUACUGAUAAUUAUAAUGAACAAUUACGUAUUACUGAUUUUCCUGUCUAUAUAUCAGGAGUAAAUGAUGAUAAUCUAACAAGACUUGUAUAA